GCAAAACUGGACAACAGCAAUAUGACUGUUCUCCAUAUUUAAAAUAAGGGAAUAACUUUGCUAUUGGAUCCACUUGUUCUCCCUUCAUACCGGUCCAGAAGACGUUCUUCAUCCCAACAUUCGAAGGGGAAAGUGAGAAGGACAAAGACUCCCAGAGAUCCGGCGGCUACAUGCUCAGCUCUCUUUGGUUUUGAGAAGAUCAACCACACGAAUCAGCAGCAACCAUGGAUUUUGUAAUGAAGCAAGCUUUAGGUGGGGCCACCAAAGAUAUGGGUAAGAUGCUGGGUGGGGAGGAGGAGAAAGAUCCGGAUGCAUCGAAGAAGGAGGAGGAGCGCCAGGAGGCUCUGAGGCAGCAGGAGGACGAGAGGAAGGCCAAGCACAGCCGCAUGGAGGCGGAGAGGGAGAAAGUACGGCAGACCAUCAGGGACAAGUACGGGCUGAAGAAGAAGGAGGAGAAGGAGGCAGAGGAGAAGGCGGCCAUGGAGCAGGCCUGCGAGGGGUCGCUCACUCGCCCCAAAAAGGCGAUCCCUCGAGGCUGCGGAGACGACGACGAAGAAGACGAGGAGAGCAUCCUCGACACCGUCCUCAAGUUUCUGCCCGGACCUCUCCAGGACAUGUUCAAGAAGUAAAAAACAACGACAACAACAACAAAUGAAACGAGCCCUACAUUCAGGGUGCAGUCUGGCCUGGGGAGGUGGGGAUCUUUCUGUGGCUGAACUGAAGUGUUUCGGGGGUUCAGGCAGGGUUUCAGGGUAGAUUUGGGGACAUGUAGAAAAUUGAAAGUGGAUUAUGGGGUGGGUGUUUCUUGAAAAACUGUUAGAGGCUACACACUGCCUUUCUAGAAAUCGUUUAUUCUUUUCUACUCCUCGACGAUUGCGUUAUUCUUCCCUCUUUUAUUUGCCAAAUUGCCGUACAAACUUUCAACUUAGCACAUUUCUUACGACUUAGUACGUCUUUUGUCCUUUUCUUGUCGCUAUUUUUACACCUGUUGAGAUCAGACAUUUUUGAUUGGUUGGCCGUGAUCUGUUGACAGGCGAUGGGGACCCAUGGAGAACAGUAUUCCCUUUUAAAGAAGGACGGCGGACCCUUCUGUCCUCAUGCUUCUGUGCUUUUUCACACGGCACUGCCACCAUGUUUUCCAGUAGAUGGAGCAUGUUGUGUUUAUUUCAGUGAGUCUUUUCUACUUUUAUGAACCUUGUGAUGGUCUUUAUAUUGAAAAAAUCAGCAUUUGAGUUUUUAGGACAUGUGCCUUCAUACCAUCUCCUCUAGCAGAGGAAUUGUAAAUGAGGGUUUCAUUUUGCGUCAAACAGGUGUACAGUUGUUGGUAGCAUCUAGGCAGGAAAAUGAAUUUGAUUGAAGUUGGCUGGUUGGUGUGUUUUGGGGUUUCCAGAAGCUAUUGUUCAAACUACUUCUGGAAACCCCAGACCAGCUUAUUAAUGCCUUACAACCCACAAAGAGAUUUAAAAACAUAAUUCACUGUUACCAAUGGCUUUCCGAAGAACUGUUUGCUGAAGAAUAGCUUAAUAUCCUUCCUAAUUCAACCACUAGAUUUACAAAAGUCAGCUAGUUAGACUGCCAACAUGCUAGAAAAGCAACAUUUAAGAUCUCCAACGUGUCACAAUGUCAAUAUGUGGAUUUUCAAUCUCAAGUAUUUUGAAAUACAUUUCGUUAGCUCGAGGUAUCGUCCAUUCAAACAAACAAGACUCUUUGUACCUUGUUUGAAUCCCAUAUUUUUAAGUCAAUGCUGGUUUUUUUCAACAAUGACAUAGUCAUGAUCAUUUUAGGUGGAGCGUUCCCAUAGACAAUCAAAGCAUUGACCACUGCAGUCAUUUCCUGUCAUCCCAUCUAUGAUUGGUUACAAGUGGGUUCUUCAUUAAGCACUGGAGUGUCUCUUAAUUUAAACUAUGUUAUUUGUUGUUUUUCUUCUUCACACAUGAAUGCAAAUGCCAGGGAACGUCUGUUUUUAUUUACUUUACUGUGAAUGUGCUGCCAAUGUAUUUCAAUGCAACCAAGCUUAUGAUUUAAUUCACUUUCUUGAUGAGCUCACCUUUCCCCACAUCCUUCAUUUGAUUGAAGUUCAUCUACAUCGAGACCAAAGACAUUUUGGUGAGAUCAUACUAUUUAUUUUUGCCAAAUAAAAAGACGUGCAUGCCGA